GAGAGCUUUCAAUGGUAAUAGUGUGGGAUAAUAUUCGAAGUGUCUGGGAGGAAAGAAAAUGAGAAUUGGAGGGUGCCAGGUAGUUUACCGGGGAGAAAAAGUCUCUAGGUCUAAAAGUCCAAACAGGGACUGAUCUAUCACCUCAUUCUUUUCUAUCAAGUUUCCAAAAGAUUUUGAGAAUAAAACCUUUCCUAAUAAUAUUCGAAAUAGAAGAACUAGUCCUUGUGAGAAAAAUAUUAGCCCUCUGUAUAUUAUGUAUUGGUUCUUCCGCGGUGUUUAACCGAAGUUUUAUUAUCCCAGUGUUAGUUUGCUCGUCUGCUUGCGUCUCUGUUUCUUCUUCACAAUGAAGCCCUGUGAUUUGAGCUCCGAUGUCAUGUUUGAGAUUUUGUCACGAAUGCCUUUGAAGAUGCUAAGGAGGUGUAGACUUCUCUCCAGGGAAUGCAACAGUCUCACCUAUGAAUCAAGCUUCAUGCGUCUUCACUGUCAGAGAACAAACACAAUAGCAGGAUAUUUUAUUCAAACUUCAAAAAAGAGUCGGGGCUAUUCAACCUUUUGUUCCAUAGACAAUCCAGGUGUUGCUUCGGAUCAGUUAACCCUUGAUUUUCUACCUGAGACUGUGCACAUUCGUGCUACUGCUGAUCAAGGUCUGAUGCUUUGCGAGAGCCAACGUUCACAAAACCGCUAUUAUGUUUGUAAGCCCAGCACUAGGCAGUGGGAAACCAUACCAAACCCAAAUCCUCGAUACUUCACUUGUAAGACUGCCAUGCUGGUGAUUGGUUCAGACCCUUUACGGUUCAAGCUAGUUCGACUUUCAGAUCCCGAGCCAAAGGAACCAGAGCUUGAGUCGGAGUAUUCCGAGCCAGAGCUCGAUAAUUACAGACGUUAUCCCUGCGAAAUUUUUGAUUCAGAAAUUUGGGCUUGGAAGCAACUCGAUGAUGUAAUGUUAUCCUAUGACGAGUUUUUCGACUUGGGGCAUGCUAUAUCAGCAUAUGGUGGGCUGCAUUGGCUUACAUCCACAGGGGACAAAAAGAACAUACUAUCUUUCAAUGAAGAUAAAGAGAGUUGGGAGUCGGUUUCACUGCCAGAGUCAUUCUGCCACGGAGAUCAUUGCUACCAUGUGAACCUUGCAGAGUAUGAAGGGAAACUGGCAUUAAUCUACCAGAGACCAGAGAUUCCUCUUUCGGAGUUAUGGGUCAUGAAAGAUUAUUAUGGGAAGCUUUGGAGUAAAAAACACACAGUAAAUUUGGCAGACUUUUGCAAAGAGAAUGGCUUUUAUUCGGCUUACACUUUAUAUAACGCUGAUAUGAUCUUCAUACAAGGAUAUUAUACGGCAAUAGUUUAUAAUUUCAAGAAUGGUCAGUUUGAUCGUUUAAGACUUCCAUCGACACACAUGUUUAGCGAAUCAGCAUUCUUCUUUCAGACAGAUUAUGAGCCAAUCAUCCUGAGACAACCAAGAGAAAAACUCUCCAUGCCGCAUUGUUACAGCACCCUUAUCUUCAUGCUAUUUUUGCUUUUUGUUCCUCUUCUUAUUUCUUUUACCUUAGGUGUAUAAAACCUAGUGGUAGUCUUGGAAGGAGCAGUGGUCAGCUUGUGAUGACUUGAUAAUAUUUCAGAUUUAGGUACAAAGAUUUUUGGUUGUACAUACAUUG